AUGUACAGCACGGCAGAUCAUUCUGCCAAUAAUGUAAGCAGUAAACCUAAGCCCCAACCUCACGACCAUUCGGAGAAGACCACGGCAGACCCCUCACAGGCAGCCGGGUCCAAGGAGGAAGCCAAGACCUACGAGUACAAGGGUGGCGGUCCCGUGAAGCUCUCUCCUGGAGUCACACAGUUUGAACGCAGGCUUGCUUCGCCGCUCCAGGGACUCAUGAACGCUUACAGGGCGGCCUUCAGCAAGUUCGCCAAGGAGCCACUGGUGCCGAGGUGGAAGACCUUGGCCUUGGUCGACUCCAAGGAGGCUUGGCUGGGCCGCAUCGUGUACCGUCGCGGAACCCUCACAGACUGGGAGUGCGAGAUCCACAUUCCGGAGGAGCACGCCGAGAAGCUCUUGGAGACCUGGCGCCGCAUCUGGUACGACCAAUUGCGACAGCAGGUCAACCAGACGACUGUCGAGCAGGAAGCUUUUGACAGUGCCGCCCGCCUCACAGCGCACAACUACGCGGAGGCCAAGAGACUCAGCAGGUUCCUGACCAAGGCCAUCCCAGAGUACAACGAAGGCAAGGACGAUGGAUUGGAUCACUGGAUCGCCAGGUUCCGGUAUGAGUUCCCAUGGCCGGUGAAGUUUGUGCAUGUUCCACAGGAUGCUGAAGAGAGGACACACUUCACAGGACUCAGGUCCAGAGAAGAACUCAUGGAACAGAUGGCGGCUCAGGAACAGGAGGCUGCCUUCACAGUGGACUCGGCGAGCGGAGGUGUGGGGGCGAUGAUCGACGUGGUUUCCCAAGUGAAGCGCACUCACAGUGACGCCAGGCCGAGCUACUACCCGUUCGGCUCACAGGUGGAGCUCGAGGGCGCGGUAGAGGAAGCCAAGAUCGCCCACAUUAACAACGACUCGCACCCGCUAAGCGAAGAGCACCGCAUAGCUCUAGCUAAUAUCUUGCAUGAGACAAUGGCACCGAGCACCGACCGCGACCAAUUCCUCAAAGUUUCCGAAGGGCAGCCUUUUCGCUUAACAGCUCUGCAGUACCUCGCACAGGCCAUGCAAGACAAAGAAGCACAGCUCCCUCUCAUCCUUGAUGAAGGGGUGCCUACAGGAGCUUUCGGGGCUCUGCCCAGCAGUGGACAAUGGCCACCGACGCAAGGCUCCUUGGACUUCGCUGAAGAAUUCAGCCCCGCCUCGCUGGAGCAUUGCAGAGGCAACUGGUUCCUGGCCGAAAGCAACCCUGCACUGCUACAGGAACUAGUCGAAGAAGAAGGGUCCGCAUUGCAAGCUCUGGAAGAGUCCCUUGCUCGUGCCUGGGUGAACCAGACCGGCCACCACCAACGUCUCUCGUGGCUCGAAGGGAUCAUUCAGAGCUUGCGGGCCAUGAAUACCUUUAGUGCCAGCAUCUUGCAGCAGCUUGCUGGUGUCACCCGCGAGCAGCUCGACGGUGCCUUGCCUCCGGCGCAGGCCACUGUUGGGCCGCCUGAGCUUCCGUUUGCACCUGUGCCCGAUCUUGGGGAUGCCUGUCCUGCAAAUCCAUCUCCUGCAUCUGCUUCUGCGGAUAACUGGGGGUUUGUAGGAUUUACUGGUGACUUCGAAGGGUUUACCGAUGACCUCGCAGUGCCUGUCUCUGAAGUCGAAGUCCAGCAGCAAACUCACGAGUUUCCACCUUCCCCUCCCGUAGGGUUUAACCCAAAUCACUUCGAGGCGCAUUUAGCAUCCCUCUGCGAGCCAGAUGAGCAAGCCCCUUCCCUCUCCCUUUUAGGGUCGGGAGAUGAAAACACUGCUUGGUAUGAAGAUGUUAGGGCCAUGAGUGAGUCACAUUUUUCAUUGGUGCCAAGUGCCAGCAAAAGAGACUUUGGAGAAGAGGUCCGUCCUGGUAGGAUUGCUCGUGCUGUGGGCGAUGAGCGCUCACGUACUGCCGUGGCAUCUCCUGCCCUGCCUUGGGAGAGAGGAGUCUUCAGAGCCAUCUUUGGGGAUGAUGGCUUGACUAAUCCCUUUGAUAACCUUGUGCUUAAGAUGCCUGGCCCCUUAGUCCCAGCACAUGUGCCGCCGGCUGAGCCAAAGAUCCCCGAGCCUCCCAUACCUUCAGCUGACAUUGCGAGCAGGGCAUUCAAAUCCUUCAAGGAUGUACAUCCGAGCGACGAGCGUGAUAUGGUCAUGGACCGAGCGGUGUGCAAACUGCAGCACAUCAUUUGCCGCACCGAUGUUGACGACAUUGUUCUUGCUUUUCUGCUGCUGGUGGGCAGAGUGCAGCUUGUGCGUGCUGAAGGAAACAUUGAGGAAGCUCGAGGUGAGGUGGCCCGCACAAUCCUCAACUUCAACGGCAGACUUGAGUCUGUCGAGGACAGUCUGGAGGAGGGUCUUGAGAACCAGGCUGGUCUCCUGAGAAAGUCAGACUUUGUGAUGAAGACAUUUUCGAGCUUCAUGUUCAAAGGAGCAACCCUGGAAGAACGGCACACCAAGGUUAGGCUGGCACUCGGAGGCAAGGCGCCUCGCACACUGCAGAAGAGGUAUGGCCAGUCUGCCAAGCUAGUCUCCUGGGCUGAGUUGGAGUCGGUGAAGGCCUUCCCCAUUGAUGGGCAGAUUGCUGAGGAGUUUCUCCGACAUCUUGUUAGCUCGAGCGGCAGGCAUUCGGUGCUUACUGGUGCAGUUGAGUGUUUUGCUUUCCUGCAUCACGUGCUUGGAGUUGACAUGGAGCUGAACGCUUGUAGCAAUCCAAUCGUGCAGGGGAUCCUUAGGAAGGCUCGCUUGGAACGACCUGCAAAGAAGCAGGCGAGAGCCUUGCUUGCCAGUGAAGUUCUUGCCUUGGAAGCUCUACUUGCGGAUGAGUGCCGCCCACUCAUCGAUCGGUUUUGCGCUGGAGCCUUCCUCUUUGCAUUGUAUGGCCGGGCCAGGCUUGGUGAUCUUAGGGUUCUUGACUGCUUCAUAACCGACCUUCUUGAGGACAGUGCUAGCGGUUGUGGCUACCUUGAGGUUUUGUCUCUUUCGCACAAGUGCCGCAGUACCAGCAACAGCCAGGGUAUGCGCAUGCACAUUGUGGUGCCUGCCAAAGGCAUCGGCCCGAGGUGUUGGGGCAAAGACUUCAUCUCGGUUGCGAGGGAGCUGGGUCGUGACCUCACCAGCAUUGCUUCGGGAGAGCCUUUACUGUAUAUGCCAGAUGCUCAUGGGAACUUCUCCAAUGUACCUGCUGACACUGAUCGCUUUGCCGCUUGGGUGCAGGAUCUUCUGUCAACGGUGCCGGCCUACAGCGGGGAUAAGAUCUCAGGGCAUUCAGCAAAGGCCACGCCGUUGUCGUGGAUGGGCAAAGCCGGAACAGAUUUUGAUACGCAAACCCUCCUUGGACACCACGUGCUGGUUGGACGCAGCAGUGCCCUGACCUAUGCACGGGACACGCAGGCGGCUCCGGUCCGAAAGUUUGAGGCUCUCAUAGGCGAUGUGCGCCGAGGGGUUUUCCUUCCUGACUCCACGAGGUCCGGACGUUUUGCACCUGAGGAGCCUGCCGACUCCGAUCCUCCUUUGGACGGUGUUCUGUUCAGUGCCAGAGACAUGUCUAGUGCAUUUCCCACUCCUGAUGAAGGUGGUCCUGAGCCUGUGUUUGCUUUCCCACCGUCACCGCCUCCUCAGCUUGAUGACUCCUUGACUCCUUUUCCGAUGCCUGGUUUCUUGGAUCAGGCUGGUCAGGAUCCAGAAGGCGAGGCUGAUGCUGACUGGCUGGGAGAGCGGGAUUGGUAUGCUGAGGCAGCAGCAGAGGAGCAGGCGCAGCAGCAGGAGGACGAGCCGGACUUGGAAACCGGUGCUGAGGGUUGUGAUGCAGAGCCUGGUGGGAGUGAAAGCUCCUCCAGCAGUGAGUCAUCUACUUCUGAGUCGGUUGAUGAGAGAGUUCAAGCUUCUGGGGAGAGGGCUGGCGAACUUGAGCAUAGAAAGCUCAAUGAGCAGCUCGGUGAUGCAAUGAACCAAGGCGUGACCUCGAGGUCCUGCAAAGGGACUGCUUGGUGCCUCUUUGUCGCCUGGGAUGAUUUCCCGGCAUGGCAGGAGUGCAAAAAUCGCUGCAUGGGCAAGAUGCUCUUUGCCCUGCGUGAUGUGCGAAUAGAUAGAGAGAGGUUGGAUGCAACUUGCGGCAUACCGCGAAGUGCUGCAUGUGUCAUUGCAACUGCAGAGCUUGGUGCACGCUUAGUUUGGUGCGGUAGACUUCUGCAGAUUCUGGCAAUGGCGACCCUUCUGAAGAGUGAGGCUGCGUUCGAUGAGCGAGCUCGUGAGUGUGGGCUACCGGAUGAGGAGCUGGGGCGGCUGAAGACUGCGGGGAUCAAGACGAUCUCGCUCCUAGCUUUCUCGACCAGUGCUCCAGGUGUUCAGCCUUCUGAGGAACAACUGAGGUCCCUUCUCCGACCGCUGGCACCUGAGUCGGUGAGUGUUGGAGUUGUGGCAGCAAUCCGACACUUGAUGUUUGAAUGUCAGACGCUUUGCUUGGCUCACGUCAAAGCUUCAGUUGAAGGAAAUGAAAAAAGGAUCGAAUUGGCACCAGCUGAGAGGACCACUCGGAUACUCCAGCAGAAGGCCAAAAUGAAGGGUCUUACCUUGGUUGGGCAGCUCGAGUGCUCGUAUGCUUCUUACGACUAUGUGGGGGCGAUGAUCGAGAAGGAUAGCCCUAUGUACUUGGAACCGCACCGGUUCGACACGAGAGCAGCUGAGGUGGCGCGUGAGCGCCCUGGCAAAGAGCUCAUUUUGGACCACAACCGCAUUUCUGUGCGUGACAAGGCAGAUAAAUACAAGUGCGCGAUACAAGAUCCAUUGGCACUGUCGCAAGCCCUGCAGCGACGGGCCCUUGCUUCCGAUCUCAUGGGGGCAUGCACUUACGAGGCGAUGCAUGCCUGGCACUCCUUUCUUUUAGACAGGAUGCAGCAGCAGGCUCCGCCGGGCUGGUCACGCCCAUCGAUUGAACAGGUGCUCAGAACCGACAGGGCUGGUUGGGUACGCAUGUCGGAACAGGUGAAGUCACUUCGGAGAGAUUCGUCGGGCAAUUUGCCCCUCGAUGAUGCCCUAGGGAAGUUGACGAGCGACCCUCAUGUGUUGUUCCAUCUCUUACCCCUCAAGAGCUCUGAGGUUAAGCCCGAUAAGCCGGAUAAGCCACCAAAACUUCCACAUGGUGAUCCGGAUAAGAAGAGAAAGCCGAACAGUCCCAACAAGCAAGAUUCUGGCAACAAGGUCCAGAAAGCAGAGCUUCCGGACGAGCUUAAGAACAUUACUGGAUUGCGGAUGGCAACCGAGGCAGGUGAAAAGUUCUGCUGGCCCUUCAAUUGCAAGAAAGGCUGCAAGUUCGCAAAGGCGGAUUUUUCAGGUCAACCUGUUGUGUUUCCGCCCGCUGCGCCGAUGACAAGUGCAGCCAAGCGUGUGAAGGUCUGUCAGACCGGUGAGGCUUUGGAAGCUUCACUUGAUGCCCUAAUUAGUCAUAACCACUGUGCCAAACGAUUGACUUGCAAGUUCAUGGAUUCAGUUUUGCCUCUUGAACCGGCUUCGUCACCUCCGGCUGAGACCAUUCACCCUGCCGAGGUGUAUGCUGGUCAGAUUCUGAAGCUAGCACGAGCGCCCGCCCGCAGUGAGGUGUUGCACCUGUUCAACCUCCUUCCGAAGGAUAAACCCACUCGUGGUGAGGGUACGGGAUGCGCUUUCGCUUGUGGCAUGUAUUGUCAGGGACCCUUGCUGGGCCUCCGGGCCAAUACCAAACGUUUUCCCUUGGCGUGCUCUGUGCUAGCUAGUUUUGUGAAGGCAAUCUCUCCUGAUUUUCAAUUUUCCACAAUCAACAUUUUCUUCAAUGUCAAGACGAGUCCGCACGUUGAUGCAAACAACGCUCCCAUGCCAAAUCUUGUUGCGGGCCUAAGCAAUUUUCAGGAUGGGCAAGUCUUAGUUGAAAGCUCAGGAGGCCCACGUGUGAUUGAAACCUCUUCGGGCAAGCUUCCCGCUGUUGCGCUGGAGGUGGCUAACACGCAUGCCAUCUUCGAUGCUUAUCGCCUUCGACAUGCCACUGCUGCUUGGCAGGGUGAUCGUGUCGUCCUUGUUGCCUUUUCGGUGCGCAAUGCCUGCAUGUUGAGCCCAUGUGAUCUGUCAACUCUACAGGAGCAGGGUUUUGCUCCCAAUCUGGAUGCUGUCUGCUCAACUGAUACUCCACCUGUUGUGGUGCCGCCAAUCAGCAGCAAGUGCCUACCUGCUGGUGCAGAACAGAGACUUCAGGGUCAUAGCCUUCAGUCGAUGCUGUUCCUUCAGAUCUUCUGUGGUGCGGGUCACCUGGCCGCUGCGGUUAAACGUAAAGGAAUUGGACAGUGCCUUGGCGUCGCCUCCCGUGUCACUGGUGCCACUCGGUGUCCUGUUCUCCCGCUUGACCUUAAAAAUGAAGAACAGCAUGAGCUCCUGUGGGAUGUUCUCAAUCGCGGCAACGUUUGUGGUGUGCACAUCUCGCCGCCUGCGAGUGAUGCACAACUUUGUGAGCUGUCGGCCCGGAUCCUGAAGUGGUGCCACGGCCGUGGCAUUCUCGUAUCAGUUGAAAACCCGGCUGCAAGCUCCGCGUGGCAAGGCCCCCUUGGCAAAACCUGCCUCGCCUUAGGCCUCCUCAAGACCUCAUUGCACCAGUGCAUGUUCGGGGAUCCUUGUGCUAAGCACUCAACUUUCUUCCACAACUACCCUGAACUUCGUAGGUUAGGAAUUGCUUGUGAUGAUUCGCACUCUCAUGCUCCCUGGCAGUCGGGUGCCUUGCACGUGUACCCACCUGACCUAUGCGAUGGAUUUGCUAGAGCAUUGCUUGAGCGCCUCAAAGCCUUUGGGUGUGCGCCAUCCACUGUGACUGAUGUGUCCAUGCACCGUGCUGCUCAGGUUGCUGCUGCCAAGCAGCCGAAAGGAAAACGCAUCCCGCCGAUUGUGCCGCCUGUUGCUGGCACUGUUGUGCUUCGAGGACCCGGUGCUGUCAUGCCACCCACUGGUGUCUUAAAGUCCUUUACGCCAUUGUCUUCAGAGCUUGUCGUCCUGCCGCCCAUGCAUGGCCUGCCUGCUGGAAGCAAGUGCCUUCGGUCAGUGCUCUUCGGGGGUGGGGCUGACCUUCCUUCGAUUCGGGAAAUGACUUUCUCCGUGCCAAAGUCUUGUGAAGAUUUUGUGCAGCAAGCAUGCUUCGCUGAGCAUCCCAAGCACCUUUACAGUGGCAUCCCUGAUGUACUUGCGAAGUGUGUCAGCAAAUGUGCUUCAGAAAGUUACGAGAGUCUUGGUCGGGAAAGGACUGCUUCACUUCGGCGCUGGGUGGCUAGGGCAAAAGAGUUGUCCGAGCAAGUUGAUCCAGAUCCUCCUGUGGGUCACUGCGCGGAGGUCUUAAAGGGCAAGGACCUUAGGCUGUUCAAAGAAAUGCUUGAUGAAAGUGGGCAUGUUGACAGUGGGCUGCCUAGUCAGGUGAAGAGAGGCUUUGACAUUAUGGGUCCAUUGCCCGCUUCUGGUGCCAUGCCUAAGAAAAACACUUUUGCAACUUUGACGCCAAAGGAGGUCCGUGACAAUGCAUCAUCGAUCAAUAAGGCAAUCUUGGGAGCCUGCCGAUCUUCCAAGGACAAACAAGUUGCCGAAGAAGUUUUCGCGCUCACCUGUGAUGAGAAAGAGAGGGGAUGGCUUGAUGGGCCGCACGACUUUCCUUUGCCAGAUGGUGCUGUGCUCACUCGCAGGUUUGGCAUUCGGCAAACAAGCACACAGGCUGAUGGUUCGGUUCUUGAUAAAACGAGGCCGAUUGAUGACUACACCGAGAGCCAAGUGAAUCUCACUAAUGCCAGCGUGGAGACCAUUUCGCCUCAUGGUGUGGACACCAUUGUUGCUGGGAUUUGCCGGCGCAUCACCUCGAGGCCUGAGCAGGCUGAGCCUGAGGAGCUGGUGGCAUGCACAGUGGACCUUAGAAAAGCCUAUAAGCAACUUCCGGUUUCGCUCGAGUCGCUGAACGAUUGCAGACUCUUGUUUGCUGACAAUCAGGUCUUUGGCAGGCGUGCCCGGCAGGUCUUCUCUGUCCUGUCCAAAGCCUGCUCUUGUAAGAAGAAUGUCAAAAUAACUGGUGAGCUGCUGCACGCGCUUCUGUUCUUCCGUGAUCACAUCGUGAAUGGUGAGCCAAGGCGUGUCAGUGCUUGCAAAAGGGAAAAGCUGACCCUCUUCACUGACGCCUCCUUUGGAAGCGAAGGUUCAGGACUUGGUGGGAUCCUUUACGAUUCAGCUGCCAAGCCUCUCAAGUGGUUUGCUGAGUGGAUUGAUCCUUGUGACCUUGUCCCCUUCGGCUCUGAUGCUAAGGAGGGUUUGAUUUAUGAGUUGGAGAUCUUCGCAGCAGUGCAAGGUGUCGUGGACUUGCUCAAAGGCAAGUCGAACAUUGACCUAGUGCUGUUUGUGGACAACGAGUCCGCUUUGUCAUGCUUGAUAAGUGGCCGCGCAGAAGGCAUUGCAGCUUGCAUACUUCAGAAGCUUGUCUGCUUCGAGGAAGAGAACGAUAUCAACAUUUGGUGUGAGUGGGUGCCAUCCCAAAGCAAUCCUGCUGAUGGUCCAUCCCGGCCUCUGGGUGUCGGGUCUUUGUGCAACCUCAACAGGCCCUGCGAAACCAACACUUCGACGUUGGGGCUAGCCCUCCGUGCAAGCCGUCCCCUGACGGGACGGUGGAUGGACCCGGCAGCCGAGCCGGCUGCUGAGCCUGACUCCGAGGCCGAUAGCACGGUUUCGACGGUGAGUGCCAUCAGUCGUCACCUUGCAGACUUGCAGCGGGAUCAUUGGGCUUUGCAAGAGCAGUUCCGUGCAGCACAGCAGGACACACAGGUGCUUUCGGACCGCUGCGAGUAUCUUGAGGGCAGGAUUCGCGUGUUGGAGUCCUUUGAGAAUCGCAUCCGAGCAUUGGAGUCGGCCCGGGAUUAUACAAACCAUCGUGUCGUGUGGCUGGAGCGCAUUGUGCAGCGGGCUAGGGCUGCAAGUUUGGCACAUUAUGCACGGUGGAGGGCAUCCGUUGGUCUGGACCCAGCGGUCUUUCCUUUGGACGAGGCCGAGGCUUACUUGUACGUUUGCUUCUUGAGGAGUGAGGGGGCUCCCAGGUCCCGUGCACCGCGCUUCCGCGAAGCAAUCAAUUUUGCAGGCGCGAUGCUAGGUGCAGACGUAAGCGAUGCAUCGAGCUCGGCGCGUAUCCAAGGGGCUGCAAACCCUCAGGUUCAGGCUGUGGUUGUUCGCAAGAAGGUACCAUUGACGGUUGCUCAGGUCAGGGCACUUGAGGAGUUUGUCUUGAAUUCCGACAACGAUCUAGCAGCGGUUUUGGCUGGCUACGCCUUGUACUGCCUCCAUGGGAGGCUGCGCUGGAGUGACGCUCAGCACACUGAGGCAGAGCCGACAUUGGAUGUUCAUGAGGGCAAGGGAUUCUUGAACGCCCAGCUUUAUCACCAUAAAACUGCUAAUCGGGGAUCGUUGGCCAGGCAUCGGUUGCUGCCAGUGUCCUGCAUCUCGCCCGGUCUUGCGGAGGGCAGUUGGGCGGAAGCUUGGCUAGAACGGCGGCGACGGCUCGGUCUCAAGGCGUCAAGGGGCGUGCCUAUGAUGCCGAGGCCUCUGUGCACUGGGGGAUUUGACUCUCUACCGCUUGAUCCGUCUCUCGGGGCAUUGUGGUUGCGUGAGGUUCUGAAAGAAUGCCAACCCUUAGAUCUGGACGUCAAGUGGGGGGACAUUGCUACCCACAGCUUGAAGGCAACACUUUUGAGCUACAUGGCCAAGGCGGGUGCUCCGGAAAAUCUGCGUGCAAUUGCGGGGUAUCACUUGAGGUCCGCCAAUUCCUCUACUCUCGAGUAUUCCCGCGAUACCCUGGCACCGGCAUUGCAUUUCUUGGAGUGUAUGUUCUUGACCAUAACGAGCGGGCUGUUUGCACCCGAUGCUACCAGGGCUGGGCGCUGGACCCAGGGAGUGCGCUCGGUGGAUGAUGCGAUCCGAUUUCUGUUGGGGAAGCCGGCUCCAAGUCAGGCCGCGGGACCCGGCCCGGCCGAGGCUGCGGGGGCCGACGAGGCUGUGCAGUCUGAUCCGGAAUCGCCAGCGGAGAGCAUUGGGUCUGCAGGUGAGGCCGAGGAGGCGGGUGUGUCCAUUUUUGCGCUUGGGUCGGACUUGCAAGUGUCCGACGACGCCAGGCGGUCCGUUCGGUGUUUUCAGCAUAAGCUUAGCGGAGUGAUCCACGCAGCUAGGGACGAUCAGCCUCCAGAUGAGGGGGAGAUGACAGUCUUCCGGUGCGGCCGCUUUGCAAACCGAAACUAUGAGCUUCUGGACGAGGUGCCAACCAUCAUGCUUCACAAGUGCUCCUCGUGUUGGGGGGCCAAGGACUUGAGGCAGUGA